UGGUCGUCCGCAGGUCACUCUGCGCAUGUGCAAGACCCCUUCUCCCAGGUUUCUUCCUCCCGUUUCCAUAUCCCAUGGAGAAAAUCACAGUGUCUUCUCUGCGCAUCGCUCAGGGACCAGAUCCGACGCGAGUGGGGGCGGCCGGUGAGCCCAAGAGGCUUCGAGCGGGAGUCAAGGGGGGUCCCCGCGCAGCCGGAGCCUAGCGGCCCAGGUUCAAGCUCCCUUGGAACAAAGCAGUCCUUGUGAAGUGAGAAGGAAGGGGUCCCAAGAACAAGAAUCCCACCCUGGUCAUCACCAAUCUGACCUGAAACUUCUCAGCACAGCUUCAGAGGAGAGGCAGGAAACUGCUAGAAAAGAGUAGAUUCUGAAUUUGCACAGUCUGAAAUACAUAAUUCAUCCUCCUGCUCAGAAUGAGCAAGGCUUUGGUAAUGUCACCUCAUCCAGAAGGCAUCACCACGAUGAUGAAAGGUCUGAACCAUGUUUCAGAAAAGAUAGAGUGAUCUCUCAACUGUAAGGAAAGCAAGUCAAUGGGAACUUAAGCAAACAGAAUAUCCUGAGUAUUUUCCCCACAACAUUGGUAAUGGGGACAGUUUGUCUUCUGAUGUAAUGUCAUUUGUUAAAUCAGUCUUGGGUUGGUUCUAAGAGAAAAAAUGAAAUUAAUAAUAAAUCAUUAGGAAGUAAAUCCAAUGAAAAAUUGCACAGCCCAACUCUGUAAGAUCCUUUCCGAGUCGUAUAUGUGAAUGCUUCUUCAUGUUGUUUUUGCUGACUCUUCUUAAGAGCUAAAGGACUUUUUCCUAAAGGGGCACGUUUUUAACCAGUUGGUGGGCAGAGAUUUUUAGGUAGCCAAAUCUCAAACUGCACAGCAGGCCAGAUCUCUCAUCACCACCUUCUGUUUUCUUCUCCUAUAGCUGUGCAUUCACCCUUCUCUCCACUUUUCCAAGAGCAACAGAAUAUGAACAAAUCUCAGGUGAUGCCUUUCCAGUGCAAAUGAAUCCAAUAACUCAAUCUCAGUUUAUACCUUUAUCUGAAGUUCUUUGCUGUGCUAUAUCUGACAUGAAUGCGGCUCAGAUUGUAGUAACACAGGAGUCACUAUUGGAGCAUUUGGUAAAACACUACCCAGGCAUUUCAAUUCCUUCUCAAGAUAUUCUCUAUACAACUUUGGGAAUUCUGAUUAAAGAAAGGAAGAUUUAUCACACUGGAGAAGGAUACUUCAUAGUUACUCCUCAGACUUACUUCAUUACAAAUACAACCACCCAAGAAAAUAAGAGAGUCCUAUCAGAUGAAAGCCGCCUGAUGCCAACUGCCAUUACAUGUUUGGUGAGCAUGGAGAACUGUACAGAGUCGGCCCCCAAAAAUGCUGUCUCUAUUUCCCACUGUCAGUCUUGCCGGUGUUUUCCUGAUGCGUGCACUCAGACUGUACAGGAACCACCAACUGCUGCAGGAGUAACCAGAAAGGGCCAGAAAGGUCUUGGGGAAUCCACACCUUUGGUUCAGAAUCAGACUGUUCCAGUGUCUGAGGAAAAUCAUGUCUGUCAUAGCUUCAAACCUUUACUGUACACGAAAGACAGAGAAAAAGCCAAGAAGUUUGGCUUUCGUCUCUUCUGGCGCAGUCUAUCCAGAAAGGAGAAGCCCAAAACAGAACACAGCAGUUUCUCUGCCCAGUUCCCACCUGAAGAAUGGCCUGUGCGAGAUGAAGAUAACUUGGACAAUAUCCCUCGAGACAUUGAACAUGAGAUAAUCAAACGAAUUAACCCUAUUCUGACUGUUGACAACUUAACCAAACACACUGUCCUAAUGCAAAAAUAUGAAGAACAGAAAAAAUAUAAUAGCCAGGGCACUUCCACUGAUAGGCUAACAGCCGGGCACAAAUAUCCUUCAAAAGGAGUUAAGAAAGGGCAGUCUGCAAAGCCUCACAGGCGGAGUCAUUCUCAUAGGGAUAGACGCAAAGGCAGGAGUCAGGGAACUGAGUCUAAGCCAGGAAGCAUUAGACAGAAGAAACAUCCCAAGCUCCCUGCUGCCCAGCCCACCCCCAGAUUUAAAAGCCCAAAUGAAGCUGUAAGUCAGAAACCACUUGGUGAAGAGAAUCCAACAGUGCUAGGUUCCCACUUGAUAUACAAAAAGCGAAUCAGCAAUCCUUUUCAGGGUUUGCCUCACCGAGGGAGCCCAAAAGGGCACAAUAGUCAGAAGACCAGUGACCUGAAACCCAGUCAGACUGGACCAAAGGAAAGGACUUUCCAACGGUCAGGGUCUUUGGAUUCCUCAAGAAUCUUUGACAGUGAAGGCAAACAGUCAUAUACUGAACAACGUGAUGAUAAACUGAAAGAAUCAAUUUAUAUGAAAAACUCCAUUGCCAAGCCUAUCAGUGAGGAUUUCAGGGACCACCUCUCAAAUUAUCCUCCAAAUAGUGUUUUGCAAAUUGAUGGUCAAUGCUGUUCUUUUAAGGAAAGUAUGUUGAGAUAUGAUGUGCAUGGUAAAGAAAAUGAGGUAAUCCCCGAAGUCUUGAGGAAAAGUCAUUCUGACUUUGACAGACUUGGGGAGACAAAAGAAGCACAGCAUAUCCCGCCAUCACUAGUUUCCUCUUCUUUAGAUGAGCCUUCCUCUGCUGGCAGAAUAGUUGAUAAAAUAAUAUACCAGUUUCAAAAUCUUGGCCUUUUGGACUACCCCAUUGGUGCAAACCAUUUGAGGCAACCUGAGAGGCAAAACAAAGACUCGGCAGAACUAAUGAGAAAGGCAUUUGUCCAGGGCACAGAAACUAUAAGUCUAGUAAAUCAAGGACUUUCUGACAAUGACCAGGCUUUGUAUCAGAAUGAAGUGGAAGAUGAUGAUGGUGCCUGCAGUUCAUUAUAUCUAGAGGAUGAUGACUUUUCUGAGAAUGAGGACUUAUGUCAAAUGUUGCCUGGCCACAUUCAGUAUUCCUUUACAUGUGGAAGCAAGUGGAAUAACUUGGGAAAACAAAAGGUGGCUGGAAGAUCUAUGAAUGAGUACAACAGCAAAAUACAUAGGUUCAAGCAUCAAAUACUUAAAGGAAAUGAAAGUUACAAACCCACUGGAUUGCUUACUAACCCAAGUGAAAGCCAGAAACCUAAUCUCUCUGCUGAAAUCUGUGGCCUCAAUUCAGGGACCCAGUUCAGUUUCGAUUAUGAAGAGGAACCCAGGGUUGCUGAAUGUGUACAGGCUUCGGCACUUGCCGAUGGAACUACGUUUGAUUGCCAAAGCACAAGGAAAGCCACUUCUGAUGCAGAAACCCUACAAGACUCUGUGAGUGACACAGAAAACAAAUCAGCUAGCUGGAGUCAGAGUCUCCAGAGUCAGGAAAUGAGAAAACAUUUCACACAAAAGUUAGAACUUUUCAACACUUCACAGAGGCCAGUGCUGGCUCAGGAUAUCCAACAUACACACAGUCACUCGGAAGGAACAGAAAAUCAUAGCAUGGGAGGAGAUAGUGGAAUAGAUUCUCCACGGACACAGAGUCUGGCAUCUAAUAAUUCUGUCAUUUUGGAUGGACUGAAAAGAAGACAGAAUUUCCAGCAGACCUUUGAAGGCACAAAGAGCCGUCAAACACUCACAUCCAAUUCCUUACUACAACUAACUCCAGUCAUAAAUGUUUAAUUCUUCUUUUUCUUUUGGAAACUUUUUGUGUAAUAAUGUACGGCAUUAGCAUAGAUUUGUUUCAGUCAACCAACUAUAUAUGAAUCAUCUAAAGUAUAUAUGCUAUUAACCUCAUUAUAUAUUUUGUUCUAGUUCCUGAUUUUUCCCCUUAUUUCAUAUUUUAAAGCUUUUUUUGGGUAUACUUUACUAUGAAUUUUUAAAGAAUAUAUA